CCAACGGCUUCGGGGACAGUUAUGGAAAAAGUUCUUGAUCACGCAGGACAGGAUAAUGCUGGACAUGGGCUUGCAGUACUUUGCGGUGCUAAAGGCGCGCACAAUGGGCAGCGACAGAAACUCCGCUGUGGCCUCCUCAGCUCUUGUGCACGGUCCUAAAGUGACUGCGCACGGCCAGCAUGUCGAGCGAAUCGUUCACCAUAAAUUUGUAAUGAUCGAAGACGCACUUGGCCCAACAGUUGCCGGACAUGACCUCGUCGACAGUGAUGUCCUCCAUGGCCUCCUCGUUCCUGGCGGGCAGCCUAAAGUUGGUCUGCUGGGCGCACAGCUCGGUGACAUCGUUGUGCCCGUCCGGAUGCUUGCAGCAGUAGUGUAUGUGAUCCUCAUGGAUGCGUUCCAUGUGACGGCAGUGCACGCGAAUGCCCAGCGAUGGCCGGAUCUGCGUAAAUGGAUAUUUUAUAUUGUGAAUCGGGUCGGUCGACUGCACUUGACUCACCACCACCAGCCGCAGCGCCAGUGCAAAGGCCAACACAUAUAUCGCUCUCCACAUGCUGACAACUAGCUGUGGCUGCCAGUUGCCAGUGGCCAUUUAUAGGUCAGCGUUUAGACCGAAUCAGUUGUCAAGCUUUAAUGGGCUUUGAAAUGAACAGACGUUAAUUUAAUGCACGCUCAAUUGCUGGGCAUUAUGAUGACAACCGGCGGGCAGCCCCUGGCAACGAGCCGGCGGAGGGUCGUCAUGGCAGCCGUUUUCGCUUGUUUUGGGUCUGCGAGCUGUAGGCAUAAUUAGUCCGACUGCUGGCCUUUGAAAUUUGAUAAGCGGGUUUCAAUAAGCAUCAAUCAAUAGAAACACUUCAAGAUGGGCAAAAAGGGCAAGGGCAAGGGCAAUAAGCUGGCAAAAAUGUCCGAGGAGGAGCGUGCCAGAUACUUGCAAAUGCGCGCCGAUAUGGAGGAGGAGACCAGGCGGCGGAAAAUGCAGCUCAUUGCGCUCUACAUGAAGAACAAACUGAAACGUGAGGAUGCGUUUUGCCGCCUUAACAUGGCGAAAAUAAACCAGGAAUGGCGUUCGAUACUGCGGCAGGUGAAGAUACAGGAUCUGCGACGUGAAAUCGUCGAUGUGGCGCAGUUCUUCAAGGAGGCACUCAAACGCAAGAAUCUGGUUAUACAACGACUCAUCGGCGACAUCAAUACCACCGAGGAUAUGUACGCCAAUCUGCAGCAGUCGCACAUGGAGAACAUUGACCGGAUCAUAGGCAUUCAUAGUAGCCGCAUAGAGUUCUUCUGGCGCAUCUACGAGGACGAUAAACAGGCGGUGCUUAGAGAAUGGAAACAGGACGCGUCCAUCUUCAAGGAGCUGCAGGCGGAAAAGCAACAACAGCUGGAGUGCGUUUUCUAUCAACUAGAGGAUAGCUCCGAUCGAGCCGUUAAGGACAAUCACGAGCGUUUCCUGGAUCGUGUCGAGGAUCUAAAGAGCGGCAUGCAAUUGGAACUCGAGAACAUCACGGGCAGGGGCGAGGGCAAGCUUGAGGCGCUGUGGCAGGAGUAUCAAUCUGUGCUGGCCGGCUAUGGCAAGCACAUCGAAGGCUUCUACUCGGAGUAUGUGGAUCUGAAGCAACGGGACGAAGAGAGCGCUCAACAGAUCAGCCAGCAGCAUUACGAGAUUGAGCAUCUGAUUGAGCAGCUGUCCAAUCUGCGUCUGCUCGCCGAGGAGCAGCAAAUCAAGCAGCAGGCACAGCUGAAGCUGAGGCAGAGCAUCAAGCAAGAGCUUACGGAGCGCCUGCGCGAGCUGCGGACUUGCGUCGACAAGGAGCUGGAAACCGAGCACAAGCUGUUCAAGCAAAUGACCGUGGAGAGCUACGAGGCCAUUGAGACACUCAAGUGCCACCUAACCAAGGUCGAUACGUUGUCGCAGCUGUCGCGCAUCUGCGCCAAAAUGGAGACCCAGCGGGAAAAGCUGUUUCUACUGCCGCAGCUGUCCCGUGAGAUAAUUGAGAUACGCGAGCUGAAAACGCCAGUGGAGGAUGCAGUCAGCGAUCCUCUCAAGGAGGAAGUUGCCGCCUUGCCGCAAAUGGAAACCUUUUGGCGACGCGUCAACAACGUGUCCGUCGACGUGGCCUGCCUUAAGCAGCAAAAACGCAAUCUGGAGGCAGCCAAUGCAGGACUCAAGGCAGAGCUGCAAGAGUAUCUCAUCAACCUGAACAUUAGCAACGGCUCCAACAGCCACAUACACGACUAUCUGUCCAAGCGGCCCAAGAGCAUGUCCGUCGAUCGUGUAACCCAGCUGCGCCUGCAGCCCAAGCAGGUCAAGAGCGCGAUGGCAGCAGCGGGCGGGCGACGACCGCUGCCGCGUCCACCAGGCAGUUAUGUGCCCACUUGUGAAGCAGGCAUCUCGAACACUAUUCGAUCUCGUAACUUGCUCAGAGGCAAGCCUCAGUUGGCUAAAAUUGAUGUGAAAAGGCACUUAUAAAUUUUACAUUUCGGCCAGUUUCUAAAAAUUCCGUCUAGGCCUAACAUUACUAAAUUUCCAGAUUUAUGUAAUACACUAAAAUGCUCCGUUCCCGGAAUAUUAUCAAACGCUUUGUGCUAAGUCGCUGCCCACCGCCCGCUUUUGGAAGGGUGCCCGUAAGAGAUUCCAUAUCCAAUGGAUAUAGUCAUGCCCAAGCUAAUCUUGCUGCCUGCUGCCGAAAGCUGUACACAAAACUUUUGGAAUCCGGCAGAGAUCAGCUCGUAGAUAUACGAAGGGCAAUAAUAUCGCGACAACGCAACAACGACAUGACCUGGCUCAAAUUAACUUGCAACCUGAAGAAAAAUACCAACAAGAAACCCAAAACAAUGGUCGAUUAUCUGAGCAUGCCGCUCGGGGAUUGUUUCGACUUUAAACCGUGUCGCAUUGGUUAUAGGAAGCGAAUUCUUUGCUCGGAAUGCAUCGGGUUAAACACAGGCGAUAGGGAACGGAAACUCGAUGCCCAAAUAACCAGCCCGCAUAUUCCGUCAGAGCUGCAACAGGAUAAUACGAGCGAUGAAUUUCAAAACGGGAGAGUGCGCUUCCAAAGUCUGCGCGUUACCUCGAGAAAUCCGCUGAAAGCUUAAACUUACCAAAACUUUUGUAAUAGACUGGGACAAUACAAUAAAACAUAACGGAAAUUCUAUUUAAA